AUGUAUAUGAUGGGUAAACGUGUAAAUUAUGCUGGUCGAUCAGUAAUAUCACCUGAUACAUUUAUUGCAAUUUAUCAAGUUGGAAUACCUGAAAUAUUUGCAAAAAAAUUAACUUAUCCAGAAUUAGUUACACGACAUAAUGUUGAUGAAUUACGUCAAUUAAUUCUUAAUGGACCAGAUGUUCAUUCUGGAGGAAAUUUUGUUGAACUUGAAGAUGAAACAAUUCGUCGUUUAUUACCAAAUAAUUUAUCUCAACGAACAGCUUGUUAUCGACAUCUUCGAACCGGUGAUUAUGUUCUUGUUAAUCGUCAACCAAGAUUACAUCGACCAAAUGGAACACCAUUAACUGGUCUUAUUCAAGAUCAUGUUCUUGCUGGUAGAACAUUAACAAUGCGUGAUCGAGUUUUUGAAAAAUCUGAUUAUCAACAACUUCUAUAUAAUGCAAUUGGAUCAGAUUCUCGUCGAAAAAUUCAUUUAUUACCACCAUGUAUUUGGAAAGCAAAACAAUUAUGGACUGGAAAACAAGGAUUUCUUUGUUUCUCUUAA